CGAAAUUUAAGAGCGCCGCCUGCCCCGCCACAUAUACCCCGACCACCUUCACCUCCACAUACAUCGUCAACAUGAGGCCGAUUUUACUCUCGGGACACGAGCGUGCGCUCACGCAGGUCAAAUACAACGCCGACGGCGACAUCAUCUUUUCGGUGUCCAAGGAUCAUGUUGUGUGCGCGUGGUACUCACACAAUGGCGAGCGAUUAGGAACCUACCAUGGCCACCAGGGCGCUCUCUGGACCGUUGACGUCAACCCCUCAUCCGAACUUCUCGCAACCGGUGGCGCAGACAACACAAUGCGCUUAUGGGAGGUCAAGACCGGCAAGCUUCUGCACACAUGGGAGUUCGCCACAUCUAUCAAGCGCGUCGAGUUCUCCCCAGACGGUAGGCAACUACUUGGUGUGACGGAGAAGCGAUCCGGCCAGCUCUCGACCAUCUGCGUCUACGAGAUCAACCCGGACCCAGAGGCACAGCAGUCUGACGAGCAGCUGUUGAGGAUAGUGUGCGACGAGAGCAAGGCAACCGUUGCAGGCUUCAGCUACCUGGCCAAGUACAUCAUCUCUGGACACGAGGAUGGAUCAAUCACACAGUGGGAUGCGAAGACUGGAGAACUUUUGACUAGCAACUACGACGUGCAUGAACCGGAUAUGCAGAUCACCGAUCUCCAGUGGGCACCAGACCGAACAUACUUCAUCACGGCCUCCAAAGACAAGACUGCAAAGCUCGUUGACGUUGAAGAGCUCACAGUCCUCAAGUCUUACGCUACCGACACACCCCUCAACAGUGCCGCCAUCACCCCCGUAAAAGACUACGUUAUCCUUGGCGGUGGACAAGCUGCCAUGGACGUCACCACCACCUCUGCGCGCCAGGGUAAAUUCGAAGCGCGCUUCUACCACAAGAUCUUCGCAGAGGAAAUCGGCCGUGUACGUGGUCAUUUCGGGCCGCUGAACUACGUUGCUGUGCACCCGCAAGGUACCAGCUACUGCAGUGGUGGAGAGGACGGAUACGUAAGAGUGCAUCAUUUCGACAAGCCCUACUUUGACUUCUUGUACGAGGUAGAGCGGGAGGCGGCGCAGGCGAACUUGUAAUGCAUAGGGUUGAUGGUUGUCUAGAAUGAUCGGGCAUGCAUGCAAUGGCGUUCCGGCAGGCUGGUCUGGCUCUCCAAAAGUUUUUGAAGGAGCAAAGAUCAGAUAGAGAGACUACGAGCUAUGUUCCUCCAUAUAUUGAGAGAAUUGAAAACGUCAAACUUCCACCAC